GGCAGGUUGUAAGUUGUAACUUACUUCAAACUUGUAAAUGUCUGCUGCUUGUUUUCGUUUUUCCCUUUUUUUUUUCUUCUGAAUCUUAAACUAUCUCUCUAAAUAUGUUAGACACCUGGAGCAAGCCAGUGGAUCCGUUCGAGGCCGAUUGUUUGAAAAAACAGUGGCAAGAGUACAGUGACAUUUACUUGACCCAGGACGCUUUAUCAGAACAUUCCGCCGUAAUUUUAAGGGAGUUGAAUGGAGCUUUGGGACAUCAGUCUUUCAUGAUAGGAAAUGUUCCUACAGAAGUAGACGAAGUUAUGUUUCAAAGGCUGAGUCAUCUGAUGGCAAAGCUGAGUUUAUAUGAGAAAGAAAUGUACAUCCAUCUUUCAAGGUGGUUCAACACGAUGCAGUUCAAAAUGGUUUCACCUGCUCAGUCUACUGUUUUGUUCAGCCGUUCCUUGCUAUAUUAAUUCAUCUCAAAUCAAAACCCCCAUGAAUGCUUUAAUUGUAUAUUAUUUAAUUUUUAAAAAAUUUGUACUGGUGAAAA